AUGAUUCUCGAAGAAGCUGUAAGAAAAUUAAUUUCUAUAAUUAGCUUGGAGUUGAAGAUGAUUAUGUUAGAUUGUAAAAAAUUGCUGAAGGAAUAAAAUAAAUUUCAUAGAGUUUAAAAACCUUAAAAAAUUUCAACAGUCCUUCUUUAAUCAAAUAAUGUAUUAAAGAUAAUGUUAUAUUAGUGAUAUGUUCCUAUCCUUUUUCAGAUGUAACCAUAGAGAUGCUAUUAAAUGAAUGUUUUGAGUAAUAUAAAAAUGACCCUAAAUUUAUUAUGGCUUUCCAUAAAGCAUUAUAAGAAGUUGCAAUUCUUUAAGAAUAUAGAUAAUUCUUAGGUACUAGAUCUUUAUUUAAUAAAUAAAAUCGCCAAUUAUCUCAUAAGUAUAUCAUUUAUUUUUAUUUAUAGCAAUAAUAUUACUUCAAUACUUAAAGAGUAAUUGAAACAAGGCUCGAUACCUUUUAGUAGAGAAGUCAUAGAAAGAUUAAUUAUUGCAAAAAGAUUUUCUGUGAAAUUUAUUAUACCUAUUUUUACUCUUUCAAAUGAGUAUAAAUUAGAUUUAGAAUAAAUGGCAUCCAUAUUUAAACUUUUCUUAAUGCACACUAAAAAUGAAGAAUUUCAACUUCAAAUUAUUGACAUCUAUGAAGAAUUAAAAUAAUCAAUAUUUAAAGAUCUCGAAUGGAUUGAAGAGCAUAAUUAAGAAAUAGAGGAUUGUAAUAAUUUAUAAAAAUUAUUUUAGAUUUCAUAUAAAAUAAGAUAAAAGUUCCUUAAAAAUUAAUCUAAAGCAAAUUGAUCCAUAUAAAAAAUAAAAACAAAAAAUUGCUUCAUUAACAUUUCAUUAAGAAAUGUAAUAUUAAAAGUGAAACUGAAAGUGAUUCUCUAUCUGUGAGUCCAGUAUAACAAAAAAUAAUAGAUUAUAAAACUAAGAUUUAACAAUGGCUUUGUAAUAAAGAAACACCUUCAAUUGAUAUGGAUAAUUAUGUUUAUUUUACUAAUUCUGAAAAUUUAAACGCAAUUCUAUCUUAUAUCUUGAAUCCAAGUAAAAUUGAGCUAAUUGGAGAAUGGGUAUAAAUAUAAUUUAUUAUCAUAGGAAUCAUUAUUCAUAGAUUUAGAAGCUAAAUAUAAUAAAAAGCAUUUUAAGAACCUUACAAACAAUUUAGAUAAAUUUUAAAUUAUUAGAUCUUAUAAAACUGUCUUAUUAUUUUAAAACUAAAACAAUAUUCGUUAAGUGGAUAGAUUGCUAUCAACUUUUGUUGAAGUUUCAUGUAUAGUAUUAAGCUUAUAAAAGUUAGAAAAAUUUAUGAUUCCUUAAUAAAUGAUGAAAUAAACUUAAAUAUUAAUCACUUAGUUAAUUUCAUAGAACAAUUGAUACUUCUAAAUCCUUAAAAGAGUGCCUAUCAAAUUUUAGAAUAUAACUUAUUAUUUACCUUUUCAUUGUAUAUUUAUAAUCACUAAAUGACUACUUUUAUAGGAGAUAUUUUAAGUUUAUGGAUAGAUAAAUUUAAAUUUGGUUUUUAUUUAUAAGAACAAAUAUGGAAAUAUUUAGACUAUACAAAUUGGUUUAGUUUUUUCUUCCAAGUUUUAUUGAAACAACCUUAGAGGAAUGAACAAUGUUAUUAAGAAUAUAAAUCAUUAAAAAUAGUAAAUAUUUAAAUAAAAAUUUAAGGAUGGUAUAUUGGCAUUUGUUAAAUUAUUAAAAUCACCCGAAAAAACAUAAUAAACUUAAAAUGAUUUUUAGAAUUCUAUUACAAGCAGAUAAGAUCCAUUAACUCCAAUUGAAUUUUCGGAGGAGUAAUAAAUUUUAAAUUCUUCAUAAUGGAUUUUAGAUAAUAAUUCAACAGCAAAUCAAAUAAUGGAUGAUAUGACAUAAAAAGAUAUAGAUAAUUUAAAACAUUUUAGCAAUGAGAAAAAUAAAUCAAUUAUGUCUGAAUUAUAAGAAUCUUCCCCUUUAAGAAUGAGAAUAAUGUAAUCUUCCUAUAAUAAAGGAUUUUAUGGCUAAUAAUCAAAUAUAAAUCUAAUCUCUCCAAAGGGAAAAAUGAAUCAUAGUUCUGUUAGUUUACCUUCUAUUGAAAAUAAAGUUAAUAAAAGUGAAAGUGUAGAUUCCUAAAAUUGUUAAAAUUUUGUUUCAAGAUCAAGAAAUAAAACUUAUAUCAUAUCACAAGAUGGAUUUUCUACUACAAAACUUAUAUCUAUAUAUCCAAGAAGGAAUAUAGAUUUAUAAUUCACUCAUUUUGAAACUGCGUAAUCUUUUUUUAUUUACAAUAAACAUUCUCUUAAAGGUUGUAUUCGAGUUUUCAAAAUACUAAAUGAUUCGAUAUUUAAUUCUCUCUAUUAUUCAGAAAAUUUGGUUAAGGAUUCUUACUAAAAAUAACAAUUUUUAAAUCUAGCAUAAAGAUCAUUCAUUAAUGAAAAGACAAUAAUUAUGUUAUUUUAAAUUUACUUAUAUGGAAUUUUUGAUAAAGAAAGUAAAAAUCUUUAAAAACAAUCUAUUGAAUGUGGUCUUAUUAUUAAUGAAAUCUAUAAGAAUUCUUUCAUAAUUUAAGAUAAACAAUUAAAUAGUCUACUAAAAAACUGUUUCAGUUAAGUAUUUGAUUUUAUAUGCAAGAAGAUAAUAGAAUUGAACAGUUUUACAGAGAUAAUAGAUUUUAAAUUUAAAUAAUAUCUAUUAUUUACAACUUUAGUAAAUGGAUUGCUUUAUUUUGAUGUUUAUGAUCCAAAUAGAGAUGAAAAAAAUAUCUACAAAUAUUUAAAUGAAACUGUUCUGCAUAUUUUAAUCAUUUGGUUUUUUAAUAGUCAUUAAAACAAUAUUUUCUAAUUGAAUUUUGUUAAGUAAAAUGUAUUUUUAUAAUUAUAGAUUAAUUGCUAUAUUAUUUUCUAGAGCACCUUAAUACUAAUUAUCUAAUUUAUUAUUUCAUGUUGGAUUUCUAACUUCAUUAUUUAAUGGGUAUAAUACAUAUAAUAAAAAUGGAUGCAAAAAUAUUGAUUAUGUUGAAAGUUUAUAUAUGAAUAUUAUGUAUUUAAUAUACAUAAUUAAUGCUAAUGUCUAUUCAAGAUAGCUUUCAUAAUUAAUAUCUAAUUUAGAAUCAUCAACAUCAUGGAAAGGAAUUUAAUAAUGUGUUUGUGAGAUUUAAACUAAUUUUUAGAGUCAGUUAAAUUAAUUAAUGAAUUUGGAAGGAUCUUUAGCAAUAAAAAAAUUAAAAGCUAGUUAAAAAUAAGCUGCAUAUAUAGCUGCAUAGCCAAAUUCUAAAGAGACAGUUAGAGGUAAAAAUGAAUCAAAGAAUGAACAAUUAAAUGAACUCUUAAAAUAAAAGUAAUUAUUUAAAUUCUAUAUAUUAGAUCAAUAACAAAAGAAUCAUCACCUAUUAAAUAGUAGAUUUAAAUCAAGAAAUUAAUUAGAUAUAGAACAAAAAAUAGUAUAAAAGCGUGA